AUGAUGAUUCUUAGUUGGAACUGCCGGGGGCUUGGGAACCCCCGAGCAGUUAAAGCCCUGAGCCGUUUGGUGAAGCAGAAGAGACCCAGUUUGGUGUUCCUUAUGGAAACCAAGCUCCGUCAAACAAAAAUGGAGCAAAUCCGAUGUACACUUGGUUAUAAUGGAUUAUUUGUUGUGGAUAGUAUUGGAAGGAGUGGGGGAUUGGCGUUGUUUUGGAGUGAGGAGAUUAAUGUCGAAAUUCAAAAUUUUAGCCAGUAUCAUAUAAAUGGUGUGAUUCGAGACCAACCAAAUCAUGUGCCAUGGAAAUUCACCGGUUUCUAUGGUCAUCCCGAAAUGGGCAAACGACAUGAAUCGUGGUGUUUGCUAAAAAUCUUGGCACGAUUUUCACCCUUACCUUGGGUAUGUAUUGGGGACUUUAAUGAAAUAUUGUUCCCAUCGGAGAAAUGGGGUGGGAAUACAAGGAGCAGGAGGCUGAUGUGGGAUUUCCAGCAGGCUUUGGAGGAAUGCGACUUAACGGAUUUAGGUUUCUUGGGGCCUAAAUAUACCUGGAACAAUGGUAGGGAGGAGGAGGAUUUUAUAAAAGAACGGCUCGACAGAGGGGUAGCAAAUCAUGAAUGGAGGGACCUAUUUCCCAAUGCUGAAUUACGGGUGGAGUUUGCUUUGGGAUCGGAUCAUCUACCUGUCUUUUUGUGUCUAAAAGGAGAAAUUGGGAGGAGAAACAAGGUUCCAAUUUUCAGAUAUGAAGCUAGUUGGGCUCUUGAAGAGGAGUAUGGUGCAGUGCAGAACCGGCGUAAUCCUCUAAGCACUAUAAACCGACUCAAAAAGGAAUUGUUGAAUAUUCAAGGGAAUGAAGGGGCAGCUUCGGUUUUGGAGGCAAAGAAGAUAAUGAAGGAGCUACAACUUUUGACUGACCAAGAAGAUAUCAGAUGGAGUCAAAGAGCAAAAGUCACGUGGCUUAAAAAUAGGGACAAGAACACACGUUUCUAUCAUGAAUGUGCUAAUGCAAGAAAGAGGAAAAAUUUUAUAGGAGAAAUCCUGGAUGAAACGGGGCAGGAGUGGAAUAAUACAGAGAAGGUGGAAAUGGCUUUUGUUACAUAUUUCUCUAGACUAUUUUCUGCUGGAGAGCAAGGGGACAUGGAGCAAUGUCUCCAACAUUUGAGCUUACGGGUUACAAGGGAGAUGAACACAGAUUUACUCAAAGAAUUUUCAAAAGAUGAAAUAAGCACCGCAUUGAUGCAAAUGGGUCCCCUCAAGGCCCCGAGCCCGGAUGGUUUCACAACUGGUUUCUUCCAAAAACAUUGGAGCACUAUGGGGGACGAGGUAUGCAACGUGGUUCUUGAUAUUCUCAAUUCUGGAAAAAUGCCUGAUGAAUUAAAUUCGACUCAUAUUGUGCUAAUUCCAAAAGUCAAAAACCCGUCGUGUGUGACGGAAUUUCGACCAAUAAGUUUAUGCAAUGUUAUAUAUAAGUUGGUGUCUAAGGUGUUGGCUAAUAGAUUGAAGAGGGUCCUUCCCCUAAUAAUUUCCCUAACACAAAGUGCUUUCAUCCCGGGUCGGCUGAUUUCGGACAAUAUAUUGGCCGCAUAUGAAACGCUUCAUACUAUGCACACCGGAAUGAAGGGGAAAAAGGGCUUUAUGUCGGUCAAGCUCGAUAUGAGCAAGGCCUAUGACAGAGUCGAAUGGAGCUUUUUGGAGGCGGUCAUGAGGCGUAUGGGGGCAAAUAUUGUACAACGGAGCAAUUUGACAAAUAUUUUAAGAGUGUACGAAGUAGCUUUGGGACAAAAAUUGAACCAAGAUAAGACAGCAAUAUUUUUUAGCAACAAUACCCGGCCUAUUGACAGAGACUCGGUGUUGGAGCUUGCAGGAAUUCCAGCUUCACAAAGAUAUGACACCUAUUUGGGUCUCCCUGCUUUAGUUGGAAAGUCGAGAACAAUAGCUUUUCGCCACAUCAUAGACCGAGUUAGGAAGCGAUUAAACGAUUGGAAACUAAAGUUCUUGUCCCAAGCUAGGAAAGAGAUCCUUUUAAAGGCGGUCGUUCAAGCUAUUCCGACUUAUUGUAUGAGUGUGUUCCGUCUUCCGAAAUCCCUAUGUUCGGAGAUAAACUCACUUAUGCAAAAGUUUUGGUGGGGGCACAAAGAGAAGGAUAAAAGGAUUGCUUGGAUGAGUUGGAGCCGUAUGGGUCUCUCAAAAAAGCGCGGGGGAAUGGGUUUUCGAGACUUUACUUGCUUCAAUACGGCCCUUUUGGCUAAGCAAUGUUGGAGGAUAUGGAAAGUGCCGGAUAGUUUUGUUGCAAAGAUUUUGAAAGCCAAGUAUUUUCAGGAGAGUUCGAUUUUGGAAGCCCCGCUAGGAAGAAAACCGUCUUUUGCGUGGCAAAGCAUACAUAGUUCUUGCGGAUUGCUUCGAGAAGGAUUGAUUUGGAAGGUGGGAUGUGGUGAAAAAAUUCGUAUAUGGCAUGAUAGGUGGAUUCCUCAACCUCACUCUUUCAAGGUUCAAUCGAAGCCGUCUAUUCUAGCCCCUACAGCGACAAUGAAGGAACUUUUGGACGAUGAUACAGGAGGGUGGAACCAUAAUCUGGUGAAUCAGAUUUUCUCACCAGAGGAGGCCCAACUUAUACUCUCCUUACCACUCAGUGGAUCACGACAAGAGGAUGCUCUCAUCUGGAGGGGUACAGCCAAGGGGGUAUUCUCUGUUCGCAAUGCUUACCAUAUUCAAAAAGAGUUGGACAGGGUGUAUCAAGCUGAAAGUUCCUGUGGAGGUCCGUCUAGCGCCAUUUGGGUUAAGCUGUGGAAGUUGCAAAUCCCAAACGUGGAGAAAAACUUUCUUUGGAGGGCCUGUAAUGAAAUACUUCCGACUAGAGCCAACCUCUAUAGGCGUCAUAUUAUUGAGAACCCGAAGUGUCUGAUCUGUGAAUUAGAAGAUGAAACGGUAGUACAUAUUCUCUGGAAUUGUCCUUCAGCUGCAGACGUCUGGGGAGCAAGGGAAAGAGUUUUCCAGAAAAGUUCAUUAUGUGGUAGGACUUUUUUUCAACUAGCUGAGGAAAUGUUUGCAAGGUGUGACCGAGAGGAAAUAAUUCAGUUUGCGGGCCUUGCCAGGCGAAUAUGGCUUCGGCGCAAUGAAGUUGUCCAUGGGGGCCAGUUCACUUCUCCAGCAGAGGUUAUCAGGGCCACUUUGAGUGCUAUUCUGGAAUACAAUGCUGCUAAUGUGGUGGGUGGAAUUCUAUCCAAUACGCAGAGAUCUAUAAGAUGGGAGGCACCACCAGUGGGCUGGAUAUUGGCAAACUGGGAUGCUUCGAUCAACAAACAGCAAGGUUGGUGGGGAAUGGGUAUGAUUCUAAGGGACUCUAGGGGUCGGAUGAUUGCAGCCAAGUCUUCUUUUCGGUUGGGAGUAUUAGAUCCCACAGUUGCUGAGGCCAUAGCUGCUUUGGAGGCCAUCUGGUUUUGCAACAGAUUGGGCUAUGAUUGGAUUCAAUUUGUGGGUGAUGCAAAGGUGGUGGUGCAGGCUGUGCUAUCAGAUGAAACGGAUUGGAGUCCAACGGGCCAUAUUAUUGAGGCGAUUAAAACUGAAAUUCGAUCUUUCUCUCACUGGCAGAUGCUUUACGUGCAAAGGGAAGCUAACCACAUAGCUCACGUAUUGGCAAGGGAGGCUUCAAAACAGUGCAUGGAAAAUGAGUGGUUCAAUGACCCACCAGAUUGUAUUAAGGACCUUCUUGUCCUUGAGCAAGAUGUACCUGUUAUUUUGAGUUAA